CUAGAGAUAGAUCUAGAAUCUAGAUCUAAUUUUAAAAUGCAUGAUCCUGAUUACUUGGAACUUAUUUUAAUAAGUUUUUUGGUCUUAUUUGUUUCAGCCUUGCUUAGAAUUUUAGUGCUGCAGAUCACCAUUCCAUUUCCCCACAGUUUUAUUCUGUUUCUCUUUGGAUUUAUUGCAGGUUCUAUGUUGGAAUCCAGCAAGUACACAGGACUGAAAACAAUUGGGACAUUGAACCCUGUUGUUUGUAUGGAGAUUAUUGUGCCAAUUAUCAUGUUUGAGACAGCAUUUUUUAUCAACCAAGAGACAUUGAAAAUUUCUUGCAUACAAAUUACUGUCUUAGUUUUACUUAACUUUGGUUUAGCAUUAGGUUUUAUUGGAAUAGUGAGCACAAGAUUGUUUGACUAUGGUUGGGACUGGACUCAUGCAGUUAUUCUCUGCUCUGUUGUCACCAUGCCAGGUCCAAUAUUGGGACGGGCUUUCUUAAAAAGACUUUCUUCCCCCUUCAAACUUCAACUGUUUCUAGAACUUGAAGCCCUGAUUGGGAACUGUGUAGCAAUCAUCAUCUUCAAGUAUACUAUUCUCAUUCAUGUAGUUAAAGACAGUUCAGCUAUCUCAGGUUUUUUAUUGAGUUUACUUGUUGCUCCAAUCCUUGGGUUGAUUGCAUCCAAACUUGUAGCCUUUUGGAUAAGAAGAAUCGUCAAAGAUUGUGCAAAUCAGAUUUGCAUAGUUGUUGCCUCUGUCUACUUUUGUUUUAUAUUUGCCCAAUAUCUGAACAUAUCUGGUAUAUUGGCCAUAUGUACCAUGGGGAUAUCACUAGCUGGCAAGAGAUCAAUACUGGGGGAAGGCACUGAGAAGUUCCUCACCAGGUUCCUUCAUGUGAUCUCAACAUUUUUUAACUCCAAUUUGAUCAUGGUCUGUGGUCUGCAAGCUCAAGGCUUGAUGUUUAAAGUAACAUGGGCAGACAUCAUUAACAUAGUCAUUGUGUUUUUUAUCUUGAACCUUGUUAGGGUUUGUGUCAUAUUGAUGUUGAGCCCUUUGAUGAUGUACACUGGUAAUUGUCUUUCGUGGAGAAGCAUCAUGACAGUUUGCCUCUGCAAUAUUAGAGGUGCAGUCACCAUUCUACUCUCACUGUGUUUGCUCAACCAAAAGUUUGAGAUCAGCAACCCAGAAAAGAUGUACAUUGUGGUGCUUGGACAGAUAGUUCUCUCCUUUUUGGUCAAUUCAACCAUGACAAACAUUGUGAUCAGAUAUGACGUUUUAGCGGAGCAGAAGGAAUCUAAGUAUUGGAUAUUUCAAAGAACAUUGGCCAUGCUGGAUAACCUGAGGCUGUACACAAUCACCAUGUUCAAACAUCACCAUAAAUUUAUCGCAGAUGCAGACUGGCAAGUGGUUGAGAAGUUUACACAGCUUCAACACCCUCUCUUCACCCCACCCAAGUACAGGGCUGUACAGUUAAUUGGUGAAAAACAAAAAAAUCAACAAAAUGAUAAUGUGGACAAGCAAGCCAUUGAACGAAUUCUUACUAUGAUGAAGUGCUCCUAUUUCAAGCAAUUCGAAGAAGGGCUGAUGUCACGUCACUCCAUCAAGGGGACACUCUCUUGGUCCAGGCAGGCUUUAGUCAAAGGAAAUUCGUUAAUUUUUCCUACUAAAAUUGCAUCAGUUUUGACAGUACCACAUUAUUAUCAAAAAAUGCGACGUGAGCUAUGGAGUAAACUCAGUGAACAAAUCUUCUUGAGAAACCGAGCAAAGACUUUGAGUAGUUUCCUGCGAGUUUUUGUCAUUUGUUUACACUACCUGGACGUGACUCUGAGCAUGGUGCAUCUGACUGAUGAGAUGUUCCUGGUGAACACCAUACCCAGAUCUGUCUUCAUAUGGUACAAUGUCACCUAUAUUGCCAUUCAUCUGCUCAUCUUUAUCAUCAAGUACGGCUUGACUAGAAAGAUGAGUAUCUGGGAAGGCAUCAUUCUCAUCAUUAUUCCGGUUGGCAUUGCUGACAUUCUUGCCAUGAGCAUCUUGUCCUCGGCCAAACCUUUGUUUUCUGUCAUCAGGACCACUUUUAUCCUCUCAAGAUUUCUACGCAUUUUGCAAGUAGGAGAAGUGUGUCCAGCCUGGAUCAAAGUACUGCUGGAGUUGUGUGAGAAGGGUGUGAGCAAAAUUUUAUCUGAGGGCUAUGAGGUAGGCUGUGGCUACAUUAGAGGACGCCAGGAGGUGAUGAGGUACCUGGACUACAUCCAGAUGGACAUCCCAGCUGAUAUUCUACACAAGUACAAGCUCAUAUGCAAGCAACACAAACUGGAGACCAUCAGAUUGUUGGGUUUUUUACAGAUCCAGCAUCCAACAGUGACUAGAAGUGCCAAGACAAGACAAGCUGCACGCAUUAUUUUAAAAAGUCAAUUGAAGAAACUUAGGAAGCACAUUCAUGAGAAAGAUGUCAGUGGACAGGAUGGUACAGCUUUAGAAAAGAAAAUUUUGUUGAAACUGAACAGAUUAUCAGGAAGCCAUCAUUUGGUGUACCCAGCAACCAAUAACCAAAUCAUACACAACAUUCCCUGGAUCAAAGAGAGUACAGACUUGUUUCAUUUUAUUCUGGGCAGGGGGAAGCUGAUCCAGUACAAACCAGGGGACAUUAUGCUGACACAAUUCCAGCUGGCAGGAGGAAUUUACAUUAUACUGGAUGGAAUAGCUAUGGUGGAGAAACACUAUAAGGAAGAUGUGAUCCGGAAGGUGACUUGUGAUUACCUGACCAGUGGCAGUGUUGUUGGAGAAUAUUCCUUUCUGACGGGCAAGCCCAGACACAAGACAGUCACCUGUAAAACACAAGUUCUGGUGUUCUACAUCCGCUCCAUCUACCUGUGGAAGUACAUCAAGGAGCUGCCGGAGUACAAGGGAGAGAACUUCUCCCUGCUGGAGAUGAAAAUGUGGAGAGUGGUAGCCAUCAGGCUGGCCUUUAGGAUUCUGUUGAAUGAACCUACCUGGUUUAAACUGAGCUACUCCCAGAUUGUGCUGGAACUGUCUGAAGCCACACUUCUCUUUGACUGUGAUGACAACUCCUUGUUUCGUCAUAUAUGCAACUCUGAUGUCAUUGUUAUUCAAGGAAGUUUAUUCUAUGGUGGCACAAUAGUUCCAGGCCCUUUUUUUAUUCAACAUGGAAAUACAAGUUUCUCUUUUGUUGAGAAAGAAAAAGCUGUGAUACUGGUGCUGCCAGCUCAAGAUGAAGAGCAGGGCAGUUCCUGUCUAGGCUCACACCUGCAGUGUCAUGACAUCUUAGAGGGUGUACAUCAGGUGACCAGUGACCUGACCCUAUCUUCUGGCUCAUCUAAUGAACGUCCAACCUUCCAGCCACGCAAACGAUAUUUCCUCUAUACAGAGAGAGAAAAUUCUUCACUGGAGAGACCAAAUGAAUCCAAUGUGUCAAUACUCUGUAGUUCACAGUAUGAGAGCCAGGUUUAAACCAAGGCCCUCUCAAGCUGUUUCCAGUUGCCUUGUAUGUAAUGUAUUCUUUUUUUUGUAGCUCGCAACCUUUUUCCAUUUUGUUUUGUCAGGCAUCUUUUAUGCCACAGGUUGGCAUCUUCUUUAUUCUACUUGACUGUUGACAUUGAUACUGUUGCAAUAAAUAGGUUUGUAUUGAUGCCUGGUGAUUGAUUGAUUUAUCAGUUUAGUAUUGUCCUUUGGGAACAGUCCCGUCAUUCACCCAUGUGCUAUCAAGCAA